CAGCUAAUCCAGGUUGCUGUCUGGAAGACUUUGUGAGGUGGUACUCACCCCGGGAUUACAUUGAAGAGGAAGUGAUUGAUGAAAAGGGAAACACGGUUCUGAAAGGAGAACUGAGUGCCUGAAUGAAGAUUCCAAGCAACAUGUGGGUGGAAGCCUGGGAAACAGCUAAACCAGUUCCUGCCAGAAGGCAAAGGAGACUCUUUGAUGAUACUCGGGAAGCAGAAAAGGCAGCUGCAUUGAUCAUUGAUCUGAGUCUGUGCCUCCUCCAGGUGCUGCACUAUCUGGCAAUGCAGAAACCUGCAGACCUCGCUCGGCACCUGCUACCUUGUGUAAUUCAUGCAGCCGUCCUCAAGGUAAAGGAAGAAGAAAGUCUGGAAAACAUUUCUUCCGUUAAGAAGAUUAUCAAGCAGAUAAUAUCCCAUUCCAGCAAAGUCCUGCACUUUCCCAACGCGGAAGACAAGAAACUAGAAGAAAUCAUCCAUCAAAUUACUAAUGUGGAAGCCCUAAUUGCUAGAGCCCGCUCACUGAAAGCCAAGUUUGGAACUGAGAAAUGUGAACAAGAGGAGGAAAAGGAAGAUCUCGAAAGGUUUGUGAGCUGCCUUUUAGAGCAGCCCGAAGUGCUGGUGGUGGGCGCGGGAAGAGGACACGCCGGCAGGAUCAUUCACAAGCUGUUUGUGAAUGCACAGCGGGCUGCAGCCAUGGCUCCACCUGAGGAGGAACUGAAGAGAAUGGGCUCUGCAGAGGAGAGAAGGCAGAACUCUGUGUCAGACUUCCCACCCUCUGCUGGUCGGGAACUCAUUCUGCGCACCACCGUGCCCCGCCCGGCCCCCUACUCCAGAGCUCUGCUCAGCGCAU